AUGGCAGCCGCAAAACGCAGGCACGUCUACCAAACUUCAAAAGACUCCAAAACUUUACUCGGGGACGAAAACGAAGACGAUGAACUUUUUCUCAUUAACGACGACGACGAUUUUUUCGACGUUGAACCAGUUGUCCUAACGAAGCAACAUGUUGCGCAACCGAGGCGGCAACAUUGCGAUCACCACCAACAGCUUGAACAACAUCUUCAGCAACAGCAGCAACAACAACAAUUUGUAUUGCAACAAAAAUUGUUGCAACAGCAGAGACAUGCAAUUGUAAUGCAACAGCUCAAACAACAACAGCUACAAAAACAUUGUCAACAAAUUCACAAUCAGCAUAUUAAGCAACAUCACUAUCAAGCUUAUCUCUACAACAAACAACAUCUACCUCACCAACAACAACUUUUUCAACAAAAUUUCCAGCAACAGUUUCAGCAACCGCAGCAAGAAACCGACAUGGCUCAACAGAGGCAAACAUCAAACAACUACUUACCGCACCAACAAUCGUCACCUAUCAGAUCAGCACCAACUCUCACAACAGCAUGCGCAGAAUUUCCGUCUCCAACGACAAACAGUAGGAGAUUCUCGCAACAAAUAACUGGCCACAGUGUCUCUAGUUGGAGAAACACAUUUCAACAACUAUCACGUGAUCUGCAAAUUAUUUGCAGCAGCAGCAGCAGAGAAAGUUUAAAUUUUAUAAACAGCAGGCCAAACAGUCCGAACAGUUCUCUAGUUUUUAUGAAUAGCAGACCAUCCUCGUUCAAACAUGCUUCGUCGACAAGCGUCAACUCGGGAGAUGUUUUUCUUGACGGUUCUCAGCUGGCGAGUCACGAUACUCCGGAGUUUAGACGUAUCUCUAUGAGUUCAGUUCAGUUCGACGAUGAAACUCAAAAACUUUUUAAUUGCAGCGUUGCUGGUUGCGCGAAUAACAUCACAAAAUGUGGCGACGCAAUUGAGACAAAUUCGAGCAGCAGAAAUUUACAUGCAACCAACAACACCGCAAGAGCUUUUGACAAUUCAACUCCUACCGAGACCAGCUUCAGUAAUUCACACAUUCAGCAAAACGGUUCAGAAGACUCAGCAGUUGAUGAAAAUAUCGUCAAAACGAGUAAAUUUUUCAUCCCGACGACUCAGUCUGUUAGCAGUGAUAUCCAAACAAAUCCUUUAAAGCCGAUAAAAACGACGACGUUUUCAAGUGUGCUCAUAGUUCCCGACACCCCAGAUUCCUGCGAUCCUUACGAAACAAACAUUUUUGCUAUAGAAAGUGAUAUAACUAGUUUGGGAUUUUCAGACAAUCAAAUGACGAAGAUCAAGGUGAGACACGAGGAAACAGAAGUCAGUUUAAACAGAACCUUAGCCUUGAUCUGUCGCAGCAACAACAGUUCUCCUAAAAUUUCCCGAAUGGGUAAAUUUGAAAUUGAAAAUGAUAAUGACUACCAGGUAGAUGAAGAAAGCGAUUUGGAUGGAUUUGCCAAGAAAACUGAUAACGAAAAAGAAAGAAAACGAAGAAUUUCUUUAGAAAGUCGUCUGAAAAAUUUCAGACAGACCACUUGCCCGCUUCAGCAAGAAGAAAAAGUUGAUGUACAAAACCAGGUAUCAAUUAUGUCCGAUACUACCCACAAUCGUCUUUCGCUAGAUUCCUCCAUGCAGACUAUCUUCGAUGGGAAGAAAUUGUGUGAAAUUUCUAAGAAGAGUAGUCUAGAAAAUAAUCUGCUGCGUUUCAAGUUAGAAUUGAAUGAGACCAACCCGUACAUGAUUGGAGUCAGUGUGGAUGAGGAGAAUGGAUUCCUAACUAUAUUCGAAACAGUUUGCGCUAACAACUUUGAUGAAGUAAGCGACGAAACUAGUGCGAGCAAUGAAGAUGAAAACAUGGAUGCUGGAGAGAACGCGCUCGAUGAUUCUGACAGCGGCAUUAUUGAUCUAUCUGAAAGUUUAAACAGAAAUAAUAAAAACCUCAAAAAACUUGAAAAAACACCAUUUGAUGAUACGAAAAACCAAAUAAAAGCAACAAAUGACAAAUCAGUCCACACCGGCAUAAGCAGUCACAGCAGCAAUAGCACAAGCAGCAGCGAUAGCAACGCAAGUAACGAAAGUAACAAAAGCAGCAGCAGUUUCACCAGCGGCAACACAAGUUCAGGAUUUGAAGAUGUAGACACCAUGCUCGCCACGAGUCCGUUGUCCAAUUCUGAACAUGCUGCGUGUUUAGUUGACGGGAAGUUGAAACAAAAUGAAAAGAAAAACCCGUUGAAGAAGCACGUUUCUAAUAACUCGUGUAAACUCGGUGAAAAUGAAAAUGGCGCCAACAUCCUUCCGAACAGUUCGACCAGCAACAACAGCGUCUCAACACAAAUCAACAGCUCAGCGUCUGCAGCUGCAACAACAACUAACCAGCUGCACCUGCUAAGAAUUUGUGAGAUGACAUCUAUUGAAUGCCUUUGCUGCAGUGUUGAGAACAAUGCCUUGUACAUCAGGGAGAGACAUCACGAGAAUGAGUUUUUAAGUUUUGAAGGUAUCCAAAUGAAGUACCUCCCAAUUAUAAACGAGGACUUAGUAAACUGCAAAGUUGUCAUAACGCUUUUUGUACCUGAGCAAGUCAGAGAUAAUGUUCAAGUCAAAACUAUUGACAACAUUCUGGUGCUCUCGGCAGGUCACAUCCAACAAUCAGGGCAACUUCCCAUUCCCAAAGUUCCAUCACCGCCAUCAUCGCCAACAAAUUCAUCAUCAUUUUCAUCGUCGUCGUCGUCUUUCUCGUCAUCGAAGCUACCGAGCUUCAGAGUGGCCCUGACCCUUCCGCCGGAAACUGUCACAAGGUCAAUCGAAGCCUGGAUGAGUCACGGAGGUCAGCUGGUCGUAAGAGGAGACACUGUGAUUGGUGGGAGAAGAAUGACGUGUACAUUUUAA